AUGCCGAUCCUGCCCGACCACAAAGCCUUCGCGGCCUCCAUCGCUGACUCCGACGCCGGCACCGACCCCGAUUGUGUCCUGCCCUCCACCUACAAACACUCCCGCACCCACGCCCAUACCGACCCCGGUGAUACUGCCAAUACCAACCCCUAUAACUCCGACGCCGGCACAGGCCCCCGUCUCUCCAACACCAACCCUGCACCCACCCCCGUCUCUCCAACGCCAACCCAGGUGCCCCCAACACCGACUCCUAUGAUGCCGCCAACACCGACCCCUCUGACUCCCACCCCAGCACCAACCCCUCUCUCUCCAACACCAAGCCCGGUGGCCCCAACACCGAAAUCUGUGAUGCCGCCAACACCCACACCUGUGACUCCGACGCCAACCCCAGCCCCGGCGACACCGACUGGCAAGUGCCCUGUGGACACGCUGAAGCUGCUGGCGUGCGUGGACGUGCUCAAUGGGCUGCUGCACGCGGUGAUCGGUGGUAGCGCCAGCGAUUCAUGCUGCCCGUUGCUGUCCGGCGUGGCCGGCCUCGACGCCGCUCUCUGCCUUUGCAGCACCAUCAAGGUCAAGGCCCUCAACACCAGCCUCGUGCUGCCCAUCGCCAUCGAGGUGCUCGUCAACCAGUGCGGCAAGAGAGUGCCGGACGACUUCCACUGCCCGAACUAAGCUCCAUCGAUUACUAUAUGUAUGUACUAUCAGUAUCACCUGCAUCUGAAUGCGACACGUGCAUUAAAUUCUCUCGUGUGGUCAGACAGGUCACGUAUCGAAGCGUAAUAAUCUAUAUGUACAUGGAUUUGCAGCUCUGACUUGCU